AGCAAAUUCAUAUCCUCUUUUUUCUCUUUAUCUUGUUGGUCUCUCCUUAUGGCAAGAACUGUGGAACCACUAAUAGUUGGGAGAGUGAUAGGAGAUGUUCUUGAUUCUUUUAUACCUGCAAUUUCCAUGUCUAUCAAAUACUCAAAUAAAAGAGUUUUCAAUGGCUAUGAGCUUCUUCCUUCCAUUAUUUCUCACAAACCUAAAGUUGAGGUUCAAGGUGCUGAUUUGAGAUCUUUCUUUACACUGGUCAUGACGGACCCAGAUUUUCCUGGCCCUAGUGAUCCUUACUUAAAGGAGCACUUGCACUGGAUAGUGACGGACAUUCCAGGAACAACAGAUGCUACAUUUGGAAGGGAAAUAGUAAGCUAUGAAAUUCCAAAGCCAUACAUAGGAAUUCACAGGUACGUAUUUGUGCUAUUCAAGCAAAAACGAAGACAAGUAAUAAUGAAUCCACCUUCUUCAAGGGAUCACUUCAACACCAGAAAUUUUGCUCUGCAAAAUGAUCUGGGCCUUCCUGUUGCUGCUGUUUACUUCAAUGCUCAACGAGAAACUGCUGCAAGACGACGCUAAUCUAAUGGUUUAAUUAUGAUUAUUCAAUAAACAAAUUUGAUCUGCUUUAAAACCCACUAAUAUAUUCUGGACAAAACAAGAGAGGUAACAGAAAAAACAUCGGUUAAUUACUGCUGCUUUGUCUGAUUUGAUUGUGCAACUUACUUUUGUUUUGUGUACUAUAAAGCUGUAUUUUUUGUUUUGGAAGAUA